AUGUCGUUUCAUACCAAGUCAAUAGAACGUAUCCUCAGCCCAGUAGCUCAACAGGUUUUAAAGCUAAUAUUGCUGUUUGAGGAUGCUGGAUCAGGUACAGAGAUUCCUGAUCUGGAAUUUCGUGUAAAUGUUGUAAAACUUGCAGUUGAAAACCUUAUAAAGGUUGGUCACCAAACAAUCGAGGCUAGUGAUGACCAGCUGCUACAGAGAGAUAUGCCGCCUUCACUCAAGCGUGUUGAAGAUGCAUCUUUUUAUCUUCAGGAUGCUGUCGUACUGUUGCAAAACGACCCAAACUCUUCAGAAGCACGAAGGAAACUGAUAGAAGGAUCUAGAGGCAUACUACAGGGAACGUCAUCUGUGCUUCUUACCUUUGACAUGUCUGAAGUACGAAAAAUAAUCAGACACUGCAGACGAGUACUUAGUGUCCUAGCCACUGCGGAACAUGUUUCGAGUCUCACUGGUUUGGCUGAUUUUGUUAAGCGACUAACCCCUUGUAUGGCGGAUAUGAUUAAAGAAGUAGACAAUCGACAGGAAGAAUUGACUAUUCAGUCUCACUCUGCCCUGCUUCUUAGGGGUAUAGAACAAGUGAAACGUCUUACGCCUAUUUUAAUAUCGUCUUUGAAACUGCACGUAAAUACACAUCAAAAUCAUCUACCUGGAGCUGCUGAAAGUCAAGCAAACCGAGACUUCUUGUUGUCUGAAAUGUCCACUGAAAUACAUGAAAUUAUACGUGGCUUGCAGCUUACCGAAACGGAUUCAUCAGAGUUAUUCGAUGAUGACUUAGCGGCUAUGCAUAUGAAUAAAGCAGCUUUUGAUAGCCGUCUACAGUUUGUCAGUGACUGGAUUUCUGAUUCGAAUUGUUCCGUUGCAAUGACAGCUGGUGAGAAAGCACUGAAUCAAGUUUUGAAUUCAGCAAGAAAUUUAGCCAAUUUAAACCAAACAAGUUCAAAUAGUAAAGCAAUAAUCCAUUUAUGCGAUGAAUUAAACGAUUAUGCACAGUCACUUAUUCACUUACGAAGAAGUGGUCAUGGUAAUGGAUCAGAAGCAAGUCAUAUUGCCAAUACACUUAGUACAAAAUUAAAUCAAUUAUCUAGAUUAUGUAAAGAUUUAUCAUUACGUGAUCAUAAUGGUGGCGGCGUUGGUGAUCAACAGCAUCACACAUGUAAUCCAUUAUUUCGUUUGGCUAGAACACUUGAAGGUAAACUAGUUCAGGCUCAACGUUGGCUAGCUGAUCCUCGUGGUCCAUUACGUCAUGUUGGCUUAGAAGCAUGUCGUUCAUUAGCUCAAGGUGCAAGAAGUAUUAUAAUGUCGUCUGAUAGUAAUGAUGUUUCUGCCAAUAACAAUAAAAUAAAUGCUAACAGUAGUCCGUCUGAAGACAAGGGGACCAAUGAUGUUUGUUUAGAAUCAUGUGAACAUGUUGAGAGAGUUUCUGACAAACUUUUUGCAAUAUCUUCUCAACCAUUAACGGCAGAAAAUGAAAUCAGUCAACAAGAUUUAGCAAUGGCUAUCAGUCGUAGUUUGGCGUAUAUAUGGCAAACAUUAGAGAAAUUAUUAACCACACAAAUUGCUGAAGUCUACACAGAUCUUGUUGGACCAUUACGUCAAUUAGUAGAAUCUGCAUCUCCAUCAUCUGGUAAUUUACCAGAUCAAAAUGAUUACAAUGUGAAAAUGAAAGAAUUUCUAACGCAAUGUAAUCAACUUGUCAAUACUGGAGAAUUAGCUGCAGCUACAAAAUUAUCUGAUGUAUGGCGUUCUGAUGCAUUACGUUGUUUAACUAGUCAACUUAAUGAAUUAGGUGCACAAGUUGUAUUAGCUGGUCGUGCAGUUAUCCUAUCAGCUGAUCCAAAUUUACAAUUACAACCUGGUGGAGCUAGUUUGAAACAAGCCACGUCAGAUCAUUUUCUUAUGAUGCGUCAACAUUGGACAGAUACUGCUGAACGUAUGAGGGCAUUAGUUGAUGAAGCUGUUGAUGCUAAUGCAUUCAUAGCUGCUCAAGAGAUUGGAAUGUUACGUGAUUCGGCCAGAACAGAAAAUAGUAUUGCUGCAAUAUCAACAACUGGUGUAGUUGAAUCUACAACACGUAUUGCAAGACGAGCAAAUCGUGUACUUCAAUUAAUCACACGAGAAGCAGAUAAUAGCGAAGAUCCAUUGUAUGUUGAUCGAAUGAACGAUGCUGUGAAAGCUUUACGAUCAACUAUCACACCAAUGGUAAAUGAUGCUAAAGGUUUAGUAACAAAUAUUGAAGAUCCACGUAUGCAUGAUCAGUGGCGUUUAUCAAAUCGUAAUUUAUUAACUGCUGUUAAUUCAGUAAAACAAGCUGUUAGUCCAUCAUUUAAUAAUCCUAUUAAUUAUUAUCAUGAACAUUAUCGUCCAAUAUCUGUACAUAAAAAUGGAAUUAACAGUACAAAUACAAGUAUUAGUAGUAAUAGCUGUAAUAAUAUACAUAACAAUAAUAAUAAUAACAAUAGUGUCUCAUCAUCUAAAUCAUCACAGGCUUCUAUUAAAGAGACAACACCUUCAAUUCCUCUUCGAGAAAUGCAAGAAAUAUCAAUUACAGAUGAAGAUCGACAACAACAAUCUGGUACUAUUUCUUUACAUGAUGCUGUAUCUACUACAACAACAGCAGCUGAUGUUCCUGCACGAACUAGUACACCUGAUACGGAAGUUGAUGAAGAAUUCAACUUUCCACCACCUGAAGAAAAUCAACCAAUUAUGGCCGCUGCUCAUGCAUUACAUCAUGAAACACGAUUGUGGUCUAGUCGAGAUAAUGAAUUAAUUGCAGCAACUAAACGUAUGGCUGCUUUAAUGGCUCAAUUAAGUCAAAUUGUUCGUGGUGAAUACGGUACAAAGAAGGAUCUGAUUAAUGUUUCUAUGGCUAUUGCUGAAGCAUCUUUGGAUGUUAAUCGAUGUGCAAAAGUAUUAGCUAAAGAAUGUACAGAUCGUCGUAUACGUUCGAAUCUUUUACACCUAAGUGAUCGUAUUCUCACCAUUGGGAACCAAUUAAAAAUUUUAUCUACUGUAAAAGCCACUAUGCUUGGAACACAAGAUGAUUCCUGGUUCGAAGCUCCAUUACAAUCGGAACUUGAUUGUGGUUCUACAGAAGAUCAAGAAAAUACUGAAUCAUUAGUAGGUAAUGCACAAAAUUUAAUGCAAUCUGUUAUUGAAGCAUUACAUAUUGCUGAAGGUGCCAGUAUUAAAAUGCGUGUUAAUAAUGGACAAAAAUUUAUUUGGCAUCCACGUAUAAAAUCAAAUUCUUAUUAUCAUAAUAAUAAUAAACAAUUACAUUCAAUUGUACGUUAA